GGCUGCGUGGAGACUGCCCUCCCCUGCAGUUUCUCAUGACUUUUCUCUCCAAGGGUCUUCAAGGAGAGCGAGGCCUCAGGGGCCCGACAGGAGAGAAGGGGGAACUGGGUCCUCCAGGGCAACCUGGCUACCCAGGUGCCAUGGGCCCCCCGGGGCUGCCUGGCAUCAAGGGGGAGCGCGGCUACGGGGGUUCCCCGGGAGAGAAGGGAGAAUCGGGCCCACCAGGAUCUGAAGGCCUCCCAGGUCCCCCAGGCCCAGCAGGUCCCCGAGGAGAGCGAGGACCCCAAGGGAACUUGGGUGAGAAAGGUGACCAGGGAUUUCAAGGCCAGCCAGGCUUUCCAGGCCCACCGGGUCCCCCUGGAUUCCCAGGCAAAGCUGGAGCACCUGGCCCACCUGGGCCCCAAGCGGAGAAGGGCAGUGAAGGGAUUCGAGGUCCAUCAGGCCUGCCUGGUCCCCCUGGACCACCAGGAUCUCCCGGGAUUCAGGGCCCUGCCGGUCUGGAUGGUCUGGAUGGGAAGGACGGCAAGCCUGGCGUGAGGGGGGACCCUGGUCCUGCUGGCCCCCCCGGACUCAUGGGACUCCCGGGCUUCAAGGGAAAACCGGGACAUCCUGGCCUCCCAGGACUGAAGGGUGACUGUGGAAAGCCUGGUCCCCCGGGCAGCAGUGGCCGCCCCGGAGCAGAGGGUGAGCCUGGUGCCAUGGGACCCCAGGGAAGACCCGGCCCCCCUGGCCACGUUGGGCCCCCGGGGUCUCCAGGCCAGCCAGGCCCAGCUGGGAUCUCUGCAGUGGGCCCAAAAGGAGACCGAGGAUCCACUGGAGAAAGGGGCCUUUCAGGUCUUCCGGGCCAGCCUGGUCCCCCUGGACACCCUGGCCCCCCGGGUGAACCUGGUGCAGAUGGUGCAGCUGGCAAAGAGGGACCCCCUGGAAAACAAGGAAUCUACGGACCCCCUGGUCCAAAGGGUGACCUGGGACCUUCAGGGCAGAAGGGCCAGGCAGGGGAGAAGGGAAGAGCUGGCGUGCCUGGCGGGCCUGGCAAGAGUGGCUCCAUGGGACCUUCUGGGCCGCCGGGUCCUGCAGGAGAGAGAGGCCACCCUGGAUCUCCUGGACCUGCAGGGAGCCCUGGUCUGCCCGGGGUGCCUGGCUCCAUGGGAGACAUGGUGAAUUAUGAUGAAAUCAAGAGGUUCAUCAGACAAGAGAUCAUUAAAAUGUUUGAUGAGAGGAUGGCUUACUACACCUCCAGGAUGCAGUUUCCCAUGGAGAUGGCAGCAGCUCCGGGACGACCAGGGCCCCCAGGGAAGGACGGUCCCCCGGGCCGGCCAGGUGCCCCGGGAUCACCUGGGCUCCCUGGUCAGAUUGGCAGAGAAGGUCGGCAGGGCUUGCCCGGGUUGAGAGGAUUGCCUGGUACCAAAGGUGAAAAGGGAGACAUUGGUGUUGGCAUUGCAGGAGAAGUUGGUCUUCCCGGCCCCCCAGGUCCUCAAGGUCCUCCAGGAUACGGCAAGAUGGGUGCAACUGGGCCGAUGGGCCAGCAAGGCAUUCCUGGCAUCCCUGGCCCCCCAGGCUCCAUGGGCCCGCCGGGCAAGGCCGGCCACUGUAACCCCUCUGACUGCUUUGGGGCCAUGCCAAUGGAGCAACAGUACCCACCCAUGAAAAACAUGAAGGGGCCUUUUGGUUGAAAUCACCAUUUCCAUCAGAUGAAGGACUCCAUUGGGAACAAAUGGCUAAAACUUAUAGGAUUCUGGAUGGGUUGUGAAUGUUUUGGGUUUUUAAUUGCUAUUAAUAUUUUUUUAUCAAUAAACAAAGAAACAAAA